AUGAUUGCACGAGUCACAGACAAUGGAGCUGUCUCGGAGGCAUUCACAAUGACCAACGGAGUGAACCAGGGCUGCAUCCUCGCGCCCACCCUCUUCAGUUUUAUGUUCUUUGCCAUGCUGAUGGACGCCUACCGUGAUGAACGCCCUGGGAUCCGUAUCGCCUACAGGACGGACGCCCAACCCCUCAAUCACUGGCGGAUGCACUUCCAGUCGCGUGUAUCCACAACUACCGUCCAUGAACUUCUCUUCGCGGACGAUUGUGCUCUCAACGCGACCACAUAA